AUGCUCACUCUCUGGCGCCGAGUCCGAGACUGGAAAAAGAAAUCUAAUCCUGAUUCUAGCCAAGCUGGAUUUGGCCGUCUGGUCGAAGAUGCGAUCGAUUCCCGAGACUCUAUCCCCGAAGCACCAGCUCGCCGAAGGAAUAGCGCUGGCGAGAUGCAAAGACAACAAGAGCGUGCCAGACGUGCCGUGAGAUUUGCAUCAAGAGACAACCUCCACGCAGCACAAGUUCAAAGUACUACUGAUAGCCCAUCUCUCUCGCGAGCAUCCUCACUUUCCUCCACCGAUCUGGAUUAUCUCAACGCUCAAGCCUACAGGACGGAGUCGUUAAAGCCGAAUAAACUGGGGCCGAACAAGUCGGAGCCGAGAAAGUCGAAGCCGAAGAAAGAUCACUUACCGCCACCUCCACCAGCCCGUCCUUCUCAGCAACCAUCUCAAGCUUCCAAUUCUAGACCACAUGUCGACUGGGAGGCAUUUUCUGGGGCUUUUGCUCCGCAGCCUCGAGCCCACACGACGAGAUAUCCAGUGCCACCAUUGACACCCCAGCAGCUGAAUGAGCUGGCUGGUGCAUUUGCUCCUCCAGCACCAGUUCCGAAGGACGUGACUUUUCGGUAA